UAGAUAGGGCGAGUCGGUGACCAAACAACGUUUCAUACGUUGUGCAAUCUAGGCAAGAAUGGCCUUGUAUUCAUACCUGAUCAGUAUACUAGUGGCGUGUGUCUCCUAUGUUGUAUACCAGAAAUAUACCAAUGUUUAUACCAGUUUAGUUGUAAAACCAGACAAGCGGUAUGAUUAUAUUAUAGUUGGCGCGGGUACAGCAGGCUGCGUGCUUGCAUCGCGCCUGUCCGAAGAUCCUCAAGUGAAGGUACUGCUCAUAGAAGCAGGUGACCACAUGGGCUACUUCACCAGGAUUCCACUAACAUCCACAGCGGCCCAACAGGGGCCAAACGAUUGGUCGUUUCGGGCUACUCCCCAAAAAUAUUCUUCUUUCGGCCUUUCGAAUCAGACUCCUAUAAUCCCUCGAGGCAAAGGUCUUGGUGGCUCUGGCCAGAUAAACUUCCUCCUCCACGGUUUCGGGCUUCCUGAGGAUUAUAACCGUUGGUCCAGGCUUGGCUUCAAAGGAUGGACGAUGAAUGAGCUGAAGCCCUACUUCUUGAAGGCCUUUGGUACUGUUAGGAGCGAAUUUGAUUCGGAUAUGUGCCCACCUAAAGGAUUUUGUGCUAAGGCUCCAAUGAAACUAAAGCUCAUAGAUGAAGAGGAUGAACUAAUGACGUUAUUCAAGCAAGCAUCUUCAAGUAUCGCGGAAGAAAAUACGCUGUUCAGGAAGCCUACCGCAAGCGUCAAAGAUGGCAGCAGAUACCAAGCGUAUGAUGCGUAUUUAAAGCCAAUUUUGACUAGGAGGAAUUUACAUGUCCUGCUCAAAACGCAGGCGAUUUCGAUACGUUUCGAGAAUAAAAAAACUUCAUCUAUCUACAUACUGAAAGAUCAUCGGAACCUGGAUAAUAUAUUUGUUAACCGGGAGAUAAUUCUCAGCGCUGGUUCCCUGAAAACGCCACAGAUUAUGAUUCUGUCUGGUAUAGGACCUAGAAGUUUAAUCAAGAGAUUGCGAAUAAAUCUGGUAUCGGCCAAUGAAUAUGUGGGUCAGAAUCUUCACGACCACUUGAACCUGCCGAUCUACAUAAGCAUCAAGCAACCUGUCAGCGUGACCCUCGCUAAAGUGUUCAGCGCCACAACUCUUUGGAAUUAUUACUGGAAUAAUAGCGGUUACCUGGCAUUUCCCCCUGUGUCGGGUGUAGAAUACCAGAACUCAUCAGCUCUUAUGUUAUUUUCCAUGGGCUCGACCAGCGAGAGAUUACUUCGAGGCAUAUCAAACUAUAAGCCCCAGGUUUUCCGGGACAUAUUUCCCUUCCCCAACGAUACGGCCAGGGAAGGUUUCAUGUUCCUCGCGACCUGCGUGCAGCCCCGCAGCAGAGGUUCGGUCACACUAAAGGACUCCAGCACGUCUGUACCCAUCCUGGUGGAUCCCAACUACCUGCAUCGGGACUACGAUGUCAAGUGUAUGGUGAAAGCAAUUCGCAGAGCAGAAAGAUUAGUAUCGACGAAACCUCUCCAGUCCAUUGGAGCGCGCAUCCACUGGCCGCGGCCGGAGCGGUGUCUCCCAUUCUGGAACUACUCCAAGCAAGAUCAGACUGGACUUGUGAAGCGGAGGAAAAAAACCAAAACUCAAAAUGACAAACAACGGAAAGAAGUUCCGAAACCCAAACCAGUAAUCCACAGUCCUCCGGAUGAAUACUUAGAAUGUAUGUUGCGGGAAGGCGCUGUAACGGGGCAUCAUGUAGCAGGAACUUGUGCUGGAGGGAAAGUCGUUGAUGAUCAACUGAAGGUAAACAACGUUAAAGGGCUACGGAUUAUGGAUGCGAGUGUAUUUCCUUCGCCAAUAUCUUUGUACCCUAACUCAGUCUUGGUGGCCAUGGCUGAGAAAGCCGCUGAUUUGAUACGACACACGCCUAACUAGUAAUUGUUUACAAAAAAUUUGGAAUAAAGUGUUUUCU